AUGUCCAGGUCUUCAAACUCCGCGAUGUACGAACCAGCAAAGAUGUGCCGCGCGCAAGUAGCGCUGAUGAGCAUUCUAACUCACGCCACAUGGCUGCAGAAGGUGCAGAAGGAUGACUUUUGGGGUGACCACACUCCCCAGGGCGUGGACCGUGGCAUGGGACGUGAAGCUUCACCCAAUCGAGGGAGCGCCAGUAAGGAACCGCCUUACAGAGAUUACAGAGACAGAGAUCACAGAGGUCGUCCAGAUGGCCGCGACCACCGCGAAUACCGCGACUAUUCUCCAUAUGAUCCCCGUGACUAUGGGGACGGCCGGGAUCGCCGGGAUCGCCUCAGAGAGCCACGAGAUCCACAACCUUGGCGCUCAAGUCAUGACGUGGGCGACUUUCGCCGCGAUUAUGCACCUCCACCAACGCAGACUUUGAGCGUGGACCCCAUUCAUUUUAGAGAUCACCGGGAUCGCCCUGACCACUGGGACUACCCCUUUGAUCCCAGAGAUCCAUCACCUAUGCGCCGCACUGCAAAUUCUAGCUUUGAUGCAGUUGACUUUCGAGGUAGCUUCGGGGACUCCAGAUCGGCAAGCAGAGAGCCAAGUGGCUAUGCUGGCUUUGGUAGGAUGCCAUCAAUCGAAGUGAGUCAUGGCCUGGAAGUGCUGAACAGUCAGCAAAUGGAUGGUAUGAGAGGGAAAGCUCCCCCUCCUUUUGAUCCAGCUGACGAGUUCAAGAGCUGGCUUAGAAGCGCUUUGCAGCAUGAGCGGGAAUCCGUGCUGGAGGUCAUGAAGGGGCGGCACUCCGAAAUCUUGAGCCAGUUCAAUUACAAGUUGGAGGAGCCGAAACCUCCUGCGCAUCAACCCGUUCACAUGACCCUCACGGUGAAGGAUCGCACAGUGGCAAAUGCGGAGAAAUUGAGUGCCCAUCCUCCCAUGCCGGGUGUGCCCGUGGUGAACGAGGAUUGGGCCCCAGCAUCCUCUCUCAGAACUCCUGAAACUCGUGGGAAGAAGGUCGUUCUCGAAGACGACACGGAUGCAAAGUCUGGUGGAGACGAAUCGAGAUCAGCCAGGCCAUCCUUUAUGUCGGACGGAGGAUCCGACAAUGGUGGCAAAACUCUCAGGGCAAACUCCAGGGGAUCCAGAACCUUCGGCAGCGAGGGUGAUGGUGGCGGUGAAAACAAGAGCAAAGCCUCUGUCAGAAUGACGCACAGUAUUCCGCAUCUGCGCAAGAAUAGCCUCCUUGAGGGCAUUGGUGCCAUGCCCUUCUGGCACCCAGGCAGAUACGUUCACACCACACAAUUUGAUGCGAUAUUUUGUGGCGUCAUUCUGGCCAAUACACUGGUGAUGGCUCUGGAGAUGCAGUACACCGGCUUUCAGCGAGGAUAUGAAAUUGGAUUUCCGCACUUCACUAUGCCAGCAGGCGAGUAUUGGCCCCAAGCCAAGGGAGUAUUCCAAGCUCUGGAUAUUUUGUUUGGCGUUAUCUACACCGUAGAGCUGGGAGUCAAGCUUGUGGGCUUCAAAGCGAGAUUCUUCAAAGACUGUUGGAAUAUAUUUGAUGGCGUUUUAGUCACCAUGUGGCUGGUGGAGAUUGCGUUGAGAGAUUUCAUCCAACUAGACCCAGCAAUAUUGCGCAUGAUGCGAAUGGCUCGGCUCUUGCGUUUGAUACGCCUGGUGAAGACGAUCCAAGGCUUCGAUGCGCUCUAUAUCAUGACAACGGCUAUGUUGGGAAGCACAGUUUGCCUAUUUUGGUCUUUCAUGCUGCUGAUGACGGUCCAAGUCAUGAUCGCAUUCUUUUUGAAUGAAUCCCUGGAAGUGUACUUCAGUGAUCCAAGCAAACCAGUCUCCGAAAAGCUUGAAGUCUUCGAAUAUUUUGGCACCACCGCCAGAGUUAUGCUUACCAUGUUUGAGCUCACCCUGGCGAACUGGCCAGUGGCUGCACGAAUCCUGCAAGAAAACGUCACGGAAUACUAUUCGAUCUUUUCCGUGGCCUACAAACUGAUUGUUGGUUUCGCAGCAGUGGGCAUCAUCAAUGGUGUCUUCAUGCAAGAGACCUUCAAGGUCGCAGCAUCGGAUGACAAGCUAAUGAUGCGGCAAAAGGAGCGAGACCGCUGGUUGCACACAAAGAAGAUGAGAACACUUUUCGAAGCAGCGGAUGAAUCUGGAGAUGGCUUUAUAGAUAGAAGUGAGUUCGUCGAAAUCAUGAACAUUCCUGAAGUCAGGACGUGGUUGGCAGCUCAAGAGCUUCCAGUUCAAGACCCAAACAUUUUGUUUAAUUUGCUUGACGACGGUGAUGCAGAACUCACCGCAGAAGAACUUGUGAAGGGAGUGGAGCGACUAAAGGGAACUGCUAAAGGCAUAGACCUUGCGAGCUUCAUUGCGGAAUACCGCAGCUUCGCCUCCAAAGUAGCCGAAAAGCUGGACUUCCAGCUGGAAAGUUUAGCGGCAAAGGGUGAGGAAGAUGAUGCUGAUGACGACGACGACGAUUGA